CGUUGGUGCAAGGUAACAUUCCAAAGCCAAACGAUCUAGAUCACGAGGAUCCGCGGACGAUCUGUAAAAAUAUCCACGUUGAUGGAGAUGUAAAUAUGGUCAAGUGGAAGAUCAUGUUGCUGUCUUUAUGUUCUCGCAAACUACCAUAGAUUCAUGAUCUAAGGACGCACUGCAAUUGGAAACAAAGGUCACCAAAACUUCGAAACACUCUUCAAAACUCCUUCACAAUCACGCGCAAAACACAGGGACCCUUUGAAUCGGAUUUUCUUCCUGAUUCAAACACUCUACACGGGACGUGAUUUAGGUUUUAUCUCCACACAAAAAAACACAAGAUGCCGAAGGCUGAGAUGAAGGGCAAGAAGUCUGCUGCGCAGAAGAAGAAGCUGCCGCAGGCCCCGCUGGGCGCUCCGGUCAUCAAGGGAAACAAGAAGAACCCCCUGAUUGAGAAGAAGGCCCGCAACUACCGCAUCGGUGGCGACAUCCAGCCCAAGCGCAACCUGACCCGCUUCGUCAAAUGGCCGCAGUACAUCCGUUUGCAGCGCCAGAAGCGCAUCUUCAUGCAGCGCGCCAAGGUACAGGAGCGUGAUGUGAUGUGCUGUCUGGCAUAAUUUAAAAACACACAUGUAGAUUUGAACGCAAAGUUCUUUUGAGAGCAGAUUUAUAUUUUUCUGCCUCGCAUGGCGUGAAAUGCGUUUUGAUGCAUGACAGAGUGUGCCGCUCAUGCUAAAACCGCAAUACCAAACUUUCUAUCCAGGUCCCGCCCAGCGUUGCUCAGUUCAACCACACCAUGGACAAGUCUCAGUUCACGCAGCUGCACCGUCUGUGCAAGAAGAUCGCUCCGGAGACCAAGGCCGACAAGAAGCAGCGCCUCAAGGACAUGGCUGGUAUUUACUUUACUAUAGCUUAUUUGAAGCAUUACUUACUACUUGCGCGCAUGAGCAUAACAGAGAGAGAUUUUGAUGCCAGAAGGACUGCACGAGAAGCUUUUUUUUUCUGUCUCGAGCGCUAUCAAUUUGUACGCUCUUAAGUAGACAUAGCGACGUGUUUUGGAAUCUAUAUCCUCGUUCUAUCUAUGUACAACUACUAUCCCAAAAUUGCCCACAGGCAAGGACAAGGAGACCGAAAACAAGUGCCCGCCGACCAUCAAGUUCGGUAUCAACCACGUUACGGAACUGGUCGAGUCCAAGAAGGCCAAGCUCGUCAUCAUCUCCCACGAUGUCGACCCGAUUGAGCUCGUCGUGUGGCUCCCGGCGCUGUGCCGCAAGAAGAACGUGCCGUUCUGCAUCAUCAAGUCCAAGUCCCGCCUCGGCCAGCUCGUCGGCCAGAAGACCUGCGCCGCCGCCUGCAUCGUCAACGUCGCGAAGGAGGACCAGAAGGAACUGGUAUCGAAUGCAAAAAUGUCUGGGUCUGGAAGGUGGGAACUUGUCAUGGUAAAUCUGAAGCGUGCAUAGGUCUGUGUUGCAUGAGUGCAAAAAGCUGCCCACUUUCGACCAAGUUGGGAGGGAGUUUCUCAUGCAGGAUAGGCAUGGCGGAGACCUCGCAGAGUCUGUCAUGCUACGUCCCGCAUUCCAGGCCUCAUGGGUCAUCGAAAAUCUGCAUGACAAGUUUACACUCUUCCACACCCAGACAUUUUUGCACUUGAUGACUGGAAGUGCUGUGCGAAUCCAGCAUGUCCGCCUUCAACGAAAACAAGGAGGUCAGCCGCAAGUGGGGCGGAGGUAAUGAGAACAGAUCUUUUAGAUAUUUGGUGUUUGCAUGAUGUGUUACAAGACGCAGUUGGAGUAGAGGUUUAUUUUUCUUUUUUCCGCAUGAAUAGUUGUGGAUGAACAAGUGAUCGUUUUGCAUAGGACAAAGUGGUGAGUUGUACUAUCACAAAUGCAAUACAAAAAACCAACUUAUUUCAGGUCUCGUCGGCCGCAAGUCCAACCACGUGCAGCGCCGUCGCCAGGCUGCCUUGGAGAAGGAACUGGCCAAGAAGACCGGUCUGAUGAUGUAAGUUGUGACGAUCAACAACGACUCCACCUUCGGUUAUUUCUUGAGGAGGGAACAAAAAUUGUCAGCUUUUCGUCUGCGCAACGUGGUACUCUGUUGAAGUUGUAUCGAAGAACAUCCGUGCUGCACGCAAGUUGCAUUCACGUGCAGCUCUUGUGAAGAUGCAGAGGAGACGGAAAAAUUGACGAGAAAACCUAAAUUCAUCUAUCAGAGAAGGAAACGAUGAAAACUGUCCCAGAGUGUCGAACCUAGAAUCGCAAAUCCGAAUUCAACAAAAAAA